AUGGAUUCUUCAUCUGACCCAAAUAAUUCUAAUAUUCUUCCUUCACAAAUAUUCACAACAGUUGCUGCACUUCUUCCAGCUAUAGACAGAAGAGUAGUCGUUGUUCUCCGUGAUGGAAGAAAGUUUUUUGGUGUUCUUCGUUCAUUUGACCAGUUUGUAGUACAGGAUACUUUAGAAAGAAUAUACAUUAAUUCAAGCACAUUUGGAGAGACUUAUAGAGGAGUUUUUAUUGUUAGAGGAGAAAAUGUGGUAUAUGUAGGAGAGAUUGAUGAAUCGCGAGAAGAAUCAGAGGACUCGCUUGUUAUUGAUUCUACUACAGACAAAGCUAACAUUGAUCCAUUCCCCAAAUUUUCACCCGGUACUCUUUUAGUAGAGCGCCAACAAAUAAGGCUCCAACAACAGAUGGAACGAAAUCCCGAAACUGGGCAAAAAAUUAUUCGAAGAAUCCCUUUUGAAGAUGCGCAGAAAAUCCAUAAGAAAUCCACUGUGUCGGACUUAGAAGCACAUCUCAAUCAAGCUGCUUUAUUACCUAAUGAAAAAUUCGCAGAUACAUUAGAAUUAACUUACUAUUAA